AUGGCGCCCACUUCCGUUCGCAGCCUUGAUAUGAACAAAGGCGGAGAAGCCAUCAACAUCGAGCAACAGGAUGUCACUACCAUCCCGGUUGACUAUCGCCCCGAGAUCCUGCGCCAGUACUCUCCGGAGGAACUCCGGGAUAUCGAGAAGAAGCUCGUUCGCAAGCUCGACUUCCGCUGUCUUCCCAUCCUCAUUUUCCUCUUCCUCCUCAACAUAUUGGACAGAAAUGCGAUCGCGAACGCCCGAUUGGGCAGCCUUGAGGAGGAUCUAGGCCUGACUGACACCCAGUAUCAGACCGCUAUCAUGGUCUUGUGGGCUGGCUACAUCACCAUGAUGAUUCCUAGCAACAUGCUCCUCUCAAUCUUCAAGCCUCGGAUCUACCUCCCGACUGUUGUUAUUAUUUGGGGGAUUGUCAGCGGCGCAAGUGGUUUCGUUCAGAACUUCGCCGGCAUUGUCACGAUCCGCUUCCUUGUUGGAGUAACCGAAGCUCCGUACUUUCCCGGUUGCAUCUUCUUCCUUAGUUGCUGGUACAAACGCUCUGAGCUCCCAUUCCGCAUUGCCAUCUUCUAUUCCGGCUACACCUUGAGCAGUGCCGUAGGAGGUUUGAUAGCUGCUGGCAUCAUCGGCAACAUGGAUGGCGUGGGAGGGUACGCUUCAUGGAGAUGGCUCUUCAUCAUUGAAGGUAUAGCUACCGUUGUCGCCGCAGUACCGGCCUAUUGGCUCCUACCGAACUACCCCACAACCACAAUGUGGCUCUCCGAGACCGAACGCGCGCUCGCUGCCCACCGCCUUGCCCUUGAAGCCGAUAACGAAGAAGACGAGGUCAACGGCAAUGUCUGGAAGGGCUUCAGGCAGUGCUUUGCAGACCCUAAAGUUUGGCUCCUCGUCCUUAUACAAUCGUGCUGCACCGUGGGCAUGUCUUUCACUUACUUCUUCCCAUCCAUCGUGCAAACACUCGGCUACGCACGCGUGCCGACUCUCCUGUUGACCGCACCGCCCUACAUUGCGGCCUUCCUCUUUUCGCUUUUCAACAGUUGGCACAGCGCGAAAACCAACGAGCGGGGCUGGCAUAUUAUCGCUGCCAUGUUGCUAGGCGCUGUCGGCCAGAUCGUGGGCAUGACUGUGACCAAUGUUGGAGGGCGGUACUUUGCGUUCUGCCUUGCCUCGAUCGGAGCGUUCUCCGCCUUCCAGAUCAUCCUCAGUUGGGUCAACAGCACCAUUGCGCGCCCGAAAAGCAAAAGGGGAGUGUCAAUUGCAUUGGCCACAGCUGUAGCGAACUGCACGAACAUCAGCACCGCUUACGUCUACCCCAAGAGCGAUGCGCCCAUGUACCGCAUCGGUGGAAGCGUGUUGUGCGCAUGUCUGGCCGCGGGAGUCAUUGCUAGUCUAGGCUUAAAGUUUUGGCUGUGGAAGCUAAAUAAGGCCACGGACGAAAAGGAGAGGAACCAGGGCGUCCUGGGACAAGUAAUCAGUUUCCGUUACGUCCUGUAA